AUGCGGUCCUCUCUGGCGCCCGGCAUCUGGUUCCUCCGCGCCUUCUCCAGGGACAGCAAGUACCGAGCCUUCAUCCUGCUCAUCACCUUCUUAAUCUACACCUGCUAUCACAUGUCCCGGAAGCCCAUCAGUGUCGUCAAGAGCCGUCUGCACCACAACUGCUCAGAGGUGAUCCAGCCCCUCAAUAGCACCCACAGUCUCAACGACACCACAUGGUGCAACUGGGCCCCCUUUGAUAAGAGCAACUACAAGGAGCUACUGGGGGCCGUGGACAACGCCUUCCUCGUGGCCUACGCCAUCGGCAUGUUCAUCAGUGGCAUUUUUGGGGAGCGGCUACCCCUCCGGUACUACCUCACAGCUGGAAUGCUGCUCAGCGGCCUUUUCACCUCACUGUUUGGCCUUGGGUAUUUCUGGAACAUCCACGUGCUCUGGUACUUUGUGCUGGUGCAGAUCUUCAAUGGACUUGUGCAGACCACGGGCUGGCCCGCCGUGGUGAGCUGCGUGGGCAACUGGUUCGGGAAGGGCAAGCGGGGGCUCAUCAUGGGCAUCUGGAACUCCCACACAUCCGUGGGCAACAUCCUGGGCUCCCUGCUGGCUGGCGUGUGGGUGGAUCAGCAGUGGGGCCUGUCCUUCGUGGUGCCCGGCGUCAUCACUGCCAUCAUGGGCAUCAUCACCUUCUUCUUCCUCAUCGAAUACCCAGAAGACGUGGACUGCUCCCCGCCUCAGCACCACGGUAAUCCAGAAGAGAGCCAAGACCACCCUGAGGACCCUGCAAACGGACCCAACUGUAACAAAGAGAGCAGCCUGGAGUCAGCUGUCACCUGCUCCAAGGAAGCAAGUGCUCAGCCUUCCGCCAUCAGCUUCUUCGGGGCCCUGCGCAUCCCGGGUGUGGUCGAGUUCUCCUUGUGUCUGCUCUUCGCCAAGCUGGUCAGUUACACCUUCCUCUACUGGCUGCCCCUGUACAUUUCCAAUGUGGUUCACUUCAGUGCCAAAGAGGCUGGGGACCUGUCCACGCUGUUCGAUGUUGGUGGCAUCAUAGGCGGCAUCUUGGCGGGGCUCGUCUCUGACUACAUCAACGGCAGGGCCACCACCUGCUGCGUCAUGCUGAUCUUGGCUGCCCCCAUGAUGUUCCUGUACAACCAUGUUGGCCAGAGAGGAAUCGGCAUCUCCAUAGUCAUGCUGCUUAUCUGUGGAGCCCUGGUCAAUGGCCCUUAUGCGCUCAUCACCACUGCUGUCUCGGCUGACCUGGGGACGCACAAGAGCCUGAAGGGCAACGCCAAGGCGCUGUCCACUGUCACAGCCAUCAUCGACGGCACUGGAUCCAUAGGUGCGGCUCUGGGGCCUCUGUUGGCCGGUCUCAUAUCCCCCACGGGCUGGAACAAUGUCUUCUACAUGCUCAUCGCUGCCGACGUCCUGGCCUGCUUGCUCCUCUGCCGGCUGGUGUACAAAGAGAUCCUGGCCUGGAAGUCAUCCCUGGGCAAAGACAGAGGCUCUAAUGUGGCCCUAACCCACGCGUGA